CUGGAACCUGAGCUGAGGAUAUUUGCAGGCAGAGCCCAGUGGUGCGGGGCGGGCGGCCGGGCGGUGUGAUUGGUCGCCCUCGGAGGCUGAGAAUAGAAGAGGGUCGUCUGGCUGUCAUUGAGGAGGGCGGCUCGGGGCGGGCGCGCUGUGUCUGACACUGGCAGGUGCAGAGUCCACGGGAGCGGCACAGUGACGGACCAGGAUGGUGGGCAGGAGAACCGGGGCUGGACAUAACAAAGGCUGAGGCUCAAACAGAAAGUGACGACCUGCGAAGUGAGAAUCUGGGCCCCGAGCAGCGGUGGGACAUGAUUCCUGGAAAUAAAAAGUAUUCAGCCCCCAGGACAUGGGAGGAGAGGCGGGCGAGGGCCUGAUACCUGACCAGACACAACACCGGGUGGGCCGACCUGUUUCACGCCAAUAUAAGGAGGGGAGGAAGACCCCAGCACCAGGGGGAGGAAUCGCACAGACACCUAGGAAUAGUCAGAGGAUACGAGCAGGUGACACCGGGUGGUCCUACUGUAGGUCCAAGCGCAGGAAAGAUGGAUUCUGCAGACGGCUCCCGGGUCCCCUCACUAGAUAACGCCCCCCUGGAGAGCAGCGGCGCCGCCCUACAGGACGAUGCUGACGAUGAAGGGGAAUUCUUUGAUUUUGACAGUGAUGGGGACGGCGAGGAUCCCGACACCGGUAAAGGGUUAAAUGCCCGUCAGCCGCCAUCCCACAGCCUCUCUGAUCCUGCGCCGGCACAGAAACUCUCCUCUCCCACCGCAGAACCGACUGCUCCAGUGCGACUGUCAAAGUCCCCGUCCAGUGUCAGCAAUGAGGAGCGCGGGGGUCCGGGGAGGCUGGAGGUCCAUACAUACUGCAUCAAGAAGAGUCUGAUCCAGAAACGUUUGUCGUCCGGCUCACAGAGCACUGAGGACGGGGUCAUAUACGACGACGUACCUUGUGAUCGAGAUGACUGCAGAGAUGGGCUGGGACAGCACCUGAUCUACGAGAAUAUCCACCGCGACGGCUGCGUUGGGGACUUCGAGGACACUGGCUGGAGCUCCAGUGAGUUUGAGAGUUACAGCGAAGACUCGGAGGCCGAGCAGGUGGAGAGGACGAAGGCGAAACCCGUAAAACCAUUCCAAGCUUUUCAGCCUAAGCUUUCACCUGAUCUUAAUAGACUAAAAGAGCGGUACAGCCAGACUAAGAGAGACCUCCUGGCUCUUAGGGUCAGGAAACGAGACGUCCGGGACCUGAAACACAGAUACGACUGCAAGAUGACGCAGCUGAUGAAAGCGGCACGCAGCGGCACCAAGGAUGGACUGGAGAAGACGCGGAACGCCGUCAUGCGCAAAGUCACCUUCCUACAGCGCAAGGAGACCACCGGAGACUCUGAGGAAGAGGAGAUGGGGUUCCUGGAAGUGAGCGGUCUGGAUCUGGACAUGACCCCGCCACCCUCGGAGCUUGGACCCAUGCCGGAGGGUCUCAGUCCCCAGCAGGUUCUGCGGCGUCACAUCCUCUCCUCUAUCGUACAGAGCGAGCGCAGUUACGUGGAGUCUUUGCAGCGUGUUCUGCAGGAUUACCGCAUCCCCCUGCUGGACAUGGAGCCCAAACUACUGAGUGCACGAAAGUGUCAGCUGGUCUUCUCCCGGGUGAAGGAAAUCCUGCAUUGCCACAACGUGUUCCAGAUCGCGCUGGCCUCGCGCGUCGCCGAAUGGGACUCCACCGAGAAGAUCGGGGACCUGUUUGUGGCCUCAUUCUCCAAGUCCAUGGUUCUGGAUGUCUACAGCGACUACGUCAACAACUUCACCAACGCCAUGACGCUGAUCAAGAAGGCGUGCCUCACCAAGCCGGCCUUCCUGGAGUUCCUGAAGAAGAAGCAGGCGGCCAGUCCGGACAGGGUGACCCUCUAUGGGCUGAUGGUGAAGCCGAUCCAGCGCUUCCCCCAGUUCAUUCUACUUCUGCAGGACAUGUUGAAGAACACGCCGCGGGGCCAUGCGGACCGCCUGUCGCUUCAGCUGGCGCUCACAGAACUGGAGACCCUGGCAGAGAAGCUGAAUGAGCAGAAGCGGCUCGCCGAUCAAGUGGCCGAAAUCCAACAGCUGUGCAAGAGCAUCAGUGACCGCAGCACGCUCUACAAGAGUCUGAGUUCCGGUCAGCACCAGCUCCUCAUAUGUGAGACCCUUACGGAGAUGGUGUACGGGGAGAAGGGGCAGCUGCUGAAGUCCAAGGAACGCAAGCUCUUCCUGCUCAAUGACGUGCUGGUGUGCGCCAACAUCAACUUCAAGGGGCAGCCAGAUAUUGGGAACCUCGUACCUCUCGGCCCUCGCUAUGUGCUUAAAUGGAACGCCGCCUUACCCCAGCUCCAGGUGGCAGAAUUUGGGCAAGAAGGAAACAUGUUUGAGAAAGAAGCCGCAGCCGGGGGGCAGCAGUCAGCCAGCAAGAAACAGUCGCCCUCUGCUGGACAAAAUAAAGUGUCUCUGGGCUCCCCGCGCCUCUACCAGGAGCUGCAGGAUGUGAAGAAAGACCUGGAAGUUGUGGAGCAGAUCACCCAGCUCAUCAGUACCCUGCACGGCACCUACCAGAAUCUGAACAUGACGGUGGCUCAGGAUUGGUGCUUGGGGUUACAGAGACUCAUCCGGCUAAAAGAGGAGGAGAUCCAGUCCGCCAACAAAUGUCACCUACGUCUCCAGCUCCAGAUGCCGAGGAAGUCAGAUAAGUCUGGGCGUCCAAUGAGUUUCAUGGUUCUUUUCCUCACACCAAAUCCCUUGAGCAAGAUCUCCUGGGUGAACCGGAUGCACUUGGCCAAAAUCGCCCUCAGAGAGGAGAAUCAGCCGGGCUGGUUGUGCCCCGAAGAGGAGAAAAAAACCAAAAUCCCAUUCUGGUCCCCAACCCUGGUGUGUCGCCUCCCCGCCUUCUCCACCAAAGCCUCCGACUUACAGCUAGGUGGCGCCAUACACAAUCCAGUACAGAGCUCCCUGUUGGGCUUCUCGUCGGUCAGCACCUCAUUGCCUCAGGGAUAUUUAUGGGUUGGUGGAGGUCAGCAGGAUGGCGCUGGUCAGAUCCAGAUCUUCUCCUUGAACCACACCGCGCCAAGGAUGCUUAAAGCCUUUCCGCUGCCGUCUCGUGUGUUGUGUGUGGAGAACGUGAGCAGUAGAUUGAGUGACGAGGGCUCAGAGAAUGAAGAAGACUAUGUGUCCGCUCCGGUGCAGCCGGCCGUGUGCGUAGGCCUCCAGGAUGGAAGUAUAAUGGUGUACAGCAGUGUGGACACCGGCUCCACCUGUCUGAUGGCCCUAAGGAGCCCGGACCUGCAGCCUGUCCUCUGUCUCCGGCAUAGCCCCAACUACCUGUGUGCAGGACUGCAAGAUGGCACCUUAGCACUGUACCCCCAAAACCAAGGUGGCCUAUGGGACCCUGAGAACCUCUCCACGGUGCGGGUUGGUACCAGUCCGGUGCGGGCCCUGGUGUCCCUGGAUGACUGUUUGUGGGCAAGUUGCAGGAAUCGGGUGAAUGUGUUGGAACUGGAUCCCCUCAAAGUGCAGAGUUUUGAGGCCAUACAGGAUGAGGGAAUGAGUGUGACCCACAUGAUCCGAGCGGGCGCCGGGGUGUGGAUGGCGUUCUCCGAGGGUUCGUCGUUACGUCUUUUCCACACAGAGACCCUGGAACUAUUGCAAGAAAUUAACAUUUCCACCCGGACGCUGCAGCUGCCAGGGCAGAAGAAUCCGCAGGUCACCACUCUUCUGAUAUGCCAGGGCUCACUGUGGGUGGGCACACACCUGGGCAUCCUCAUCACCUUACCUGUGCCAAAGCUGGAGGGAAUCCCCAAAAUCACAGGGAAGGGGAUGGUCUCUCUGAAUGGCCAUUGUGGGCCGGUGCAGUUCCUCACUGUGGCCUGCAGUACGAUGGCCCCUGAAGCCCUGAGGACAGAGCAGGGAUCAUCAGACGACGUACGGGAAAGUGAGGGUGCGGCCGAAGCUAAAGACACUGCAGAUGGUCAGUCCGGGGAGCCCUCCUCCUCCGAUCACCUCCCGCCAUCACGCCUGAAAGGGAUCCUCCUCCAGUACCGGCUGCGCGGCACCUCUCACCUGCCCGGGCACCACCUGUCCGCCAGGGAAGGCUUCAGAUCGGACACUUCUAUAGAGACCACCGAGGAGGACGGAUCUAUAUACGAGAUGACGGACGACCCUGACGUGUGGGUCAGAAGCCGACCGUGUGCCCGGGACUCUCAUCGGAAGGAGAUCACCUCUGUGGUGAUUAUAUCGGGAGGACCCGGUUAUCGGAACUUUAAUCCUUCCCACAGUAAUGCCCACGGCAGCGGCGACACGGACAGCUCUCUCCUCAUGUGGCAGCUGCCGCUCAUCCUAUAGCUGUUACAUGGUGUUAGGUACUCGGUAAUGUUUACACCCUGCAGGAUCUGCCCCGGUGAGGACGAGAGGUGUCACAGGGGAGGGGGGUGACGCCUGCACCAGUCUGUCAUCUGUGGGGGGGGGGGGGGCCUGUAGAGGCGGGAGGUACAAGGUUACGGUUCAAAACUGUUAUUUAUUAAAUAUAUAUAUUAUCAUAUACCCAAGACCUGGGGUUGGGUACACUCCUAGAUGAAUGUAUCUAAUGCUGGCUGCCCAUAAACCCUGCAUGUCCAUAAGAGUCAGAGGACAGGAUGGUCAGCAGAGAGGGACAGAAGGGUCAGCAGAGAGGGGACAGGAGGGUCAGCAGAGGGACAGGAGGGUCAGCAAAGAGGGACAGGAGGGUCAGCAAAGAGGGACAGGAGGGUCAGCAGAGAGGGACAGGAGGGUCAGCAGAGAGGGGACAGGAGGGUCAGCAGAGAGGGGACAGGAGGGUCAGCAGAGGGGGGACAGGAGGGUCAGCAGAGAGGGGACAGGAGGGUCAGCAGAGGGGGACAGAGGACGGUCAGCAGAGAGGGGACAGGAGGG